CCUGUUAUCUUCGUAGGAGACAAACCCUUUCUUGACCAUUACGACAUCUUGCCUAUGCUUUACAGUUUUUAAGCAUGUAAAUUUGGAACACUGCGAUAACAGCAAAUAAUAGCAGAUAGACACAUCUGGUGGCCCGUGUGCUGAAGAGGAGGAAUCGUGUUGGGGCUUAUGGCUGGAGUUUGGCCUUAGCUGGUUCUAUUUAGCUUACCCUUAUAGUUGAUGGCCCUGCUAAAAGAGGAGAUGUGGAUGCAGUCAGUGCAGCAAAGGCAGUCAUUCAGCGUGCCAAUCCAGACCACCCUGCAAAGCAGCCGAAGGCAGCGCUACACCAGGGAAGCCUUUUCCUCAGUACCUGGAAGGGCUAAGAGGAAGGAAAGCAGCAGCGAUGGGGUUAAACCAUCUGAUAAGGUGAAGAAACAAGUUUCAAAUGCUGGAGAAGAUAGAGCGAUGCUGCUUGGGUUCACAAUGAUGGGGCUUUCUGUACUCAUGUUCUUCCUACUUGGAAUCACCAUUUUGAAACCAUUCAUGCACAGUGUGUGGAAUGAAGAGUCCAACUGUACAGUAAUCCAGGCAGAUAUAAUGGACGACUGGGUAGACUGUUCUUUUACAUGCGGUGUUGACUGUCAUGGACAAUCAAAGUAUCCCUGUCUUCAGAUACUGGUCAAUGUGUCCCACUCGGGAGAGGUAGCUUUACUGCACUACAACGAGGAGGCCAUCCAAACGAACCCCAAAUGCUUUUAUGUCCCCACGUGCCAGCGGGAUAAGAUUAAUUUACUGGAUGGAGUCAUGGAUGUGAAAGAAUACUUUGACCGAAAAAAUGACACACCUUUUGCUUGUUUCCAUCAACAAGACCGCAAACCUGAAGAUGUCAUCCUCAUAAAGAAGUACGACAGAUGGGUGGUCUUCCACUGCCUGUUCUGGCCGACUCUGAUGCUCAUGGGAGGAGCCUCUAUUGUAGGAAUGGUUAAACUAACUCAGCAUCUCUCCCUGCUGUGUAAAGUCUACUGCAGCUCAACAAAAGAUGAUGUUGGGAGCGUAACAUCCCGGGCUGACUCUCAACCUACUAAAGCUAGAAAGGAAGAAAAGACUUUAAGGUGGCGGCUGAACUCGCAGAAUAUGAACAAUGCACCAUUUAAAUGAGGCUGGCUAGCAGCCAGAAUGGACAAUUGUCAACUAUACGGAGAAGAGUGUCCUAAAUCCUGUACAUGAUAGUUUCGGUAUCAGACAGUAAGAUUCCAGUUAGAAUAACAAAAUAAUUAAUUUAGGGAAUCUGAUAUAAUUUUUUUAGAAGUAUAUUUUUAGAAAAACAUGGAAACCAAUGUUAGCAUUGUGAAUAUUUUUUAAUAAUGGUUUGAAGUGUUUGUAGUAAAAAUGUGCCCUAAAUGUGCUAAAUAAAAAUGUGAUGCUUAUGCUUUUGCUAGCAA